AAACCCGGAACUACAGAUUGUUUUCGUCUGGUCCAAUCAAGGAGGACUGGGUAACAUUGAGUUCGUCUUUGCCCUGAAAAGAAAUGGCAGGUUAUGAACAUGAAGACAACCAGAAAAGGAUGGUUGGAAUUCCUCGUUCAGAAUCCGAUGUUGACCCACAGAUCCCAGUAUUGCGUAUCAACCAGCUGGAUGCCCUCGAGCUAGACUCAGCCCUAGAGCAGCUGCUAUGGACCCAGUUUUCCAAGUGCUUCCACAACUUUCGGCCGGGUCUGCUCACCCCGCUGGAGCCUGAACUGAGGGCUCUGCUCCAUUUGCUUCUGUGGAGGUUCACACUUUAUUCUAACAGCGCCACUGUGGGCCAGUCUUUACUGAGCCUACGCUACCACAACAACCUCUCCUCGUCUCCCCGCUACAGACCUCUGACUCGCAGGCAGAAGCUGGCUCUGGCCCUGUUCACUGCAGGUCCACGCUGGCUCCAGGAGCGAUCCCACAGCCUGCUGCUGUGCAUGGGUUCAGGAGGGCCUGUGUCUGAAAGAGGCGGUAGUUUACUCCAACAGGGUCUCCGCAGUUGCCUGACCCUAGUUUCUGGUAUCACACAGCUUGCAAGUCUCAUCAACUUCCUAGUGUUCCUAAGGAAAGGUCAACAUCCGGUCCUGGCUGAAAGGAUUGUAGGAGCCCGGGCGGUUUUCAGCAAGCCAAAUGUGGUCCGGGACGUAACCUACCAGUACAUGAACCGCGAGCUGCUGUGGCACGGCUUCGCUCAGUUCCUCAUCUUUCUUUUACCACUGAUCAAUAUAAAGAAACUAAAGGCACAGAUGUUUUCGAUUGUUUUUGGAGGAGAUCGUACAGACAGGGAGGGAGAGACGGAAGGGCAAGAGAUGUGGAAAGAGUGUGGACUGUGCGGAGAGUGGCCGACCAUGCCUCAUACAGUGGGCUGCCAACAUGUUUUCUGCUACUACUGCAUCAAAAGCCACACCAUUGCAGGCUCUUACCUCACCUGUCCUAAGUGUGGUGCAGACGCAGGGCAGCCUGAGCCUGUCAGGAUGGAGGUGGAGAUGAUUGGCAGGUGAAGCUGUCAUGACUGAGUUUAUUUUAAAAUUGCAGGUAUUAUUGAAAGUAAAACGGUGGUUCAUAUCUUUAUAACUGCACAAAUGGAAUACAAAUAUGCAUUGAACAGUCAUGAUUGACCACCUUUGUAUGAUUAAGAAAAAGGAUAUUAAUGUUCACCACAUUUUGAUGAAAAUAAAUGAAAUAAUUAAACUUUAUUACAUAAGAAUAUUUUGUAUAUCACAACAUGAAGAAAUGCACUUGUUUUUGAAAGAUUGACCAGGUAGUCGAGUUUAUGACUGGACUUCAGUCUUUAUGAUGUCUGUGUCUUUCCUGAACACACACAGACCUGCCAUGUUUAAUGUAUGUGUGCAUAUAUUGACAAUCCUCUGCCCCCUUCUGUUUCUCCAGCUGGACUUUGGACAGAACUAUUUGUCUUUGGUGCAGUGGACAGACUACAGAGAACCACACAGAGCAUAUAUUUGAUGAGCGAUCGUGUUGAUUUAUGCUCCAAAUUGGCUGUGUGUUAGCACGUGUGUGUGUGUCUGUGUGUUUGUUGAAAUGGGAAUAUUUGUUCUGAUGAAAAAUGCAGAAAGUCAGCUGAAUAAAUAAUGGGAGGAAUUUCUGAUGCCUCUCAUCAUGGCCAAA